UUUGGACAGAGUUUGCUCUAUUUGUGAAACUGAGGAGAAACAAGACGCCCAACUUCUAAGACAAGGGGAGGCAUCAGUGGGAUAGCUACAAUGUCAGAACCAACGGCCACCGAGAAUAAGAAAACUCCUGCUGGUUUGAGUGGGCGAAGAGCUGUCCCACCCAAUGUUUCCAAUGCAGAAGAAGACGAAGUACCUGAAGUAGAGACAAUUGGUUUGGUGCCAAGGGGAUUUAAGAGAGAAGAUAUUCUGGAAGUCGAAGGAGUCAAUAUAUUCAGCCGUGAAUAUGAAAUUAAUAAGAAGGAGCACCACACAGACAAAUACUACAAUUUCAAACUGAUUGUGCGCCGAGGACAGACUUUCCAUAUGCAGAUUACAUUCACUCGUGUAUACAAUCCCGAGAAGGACCAAUUCUGGAUUGAAUACCUUAUAGGGCGAUACCCACAACAAAACAAAGGCACUUACAUCCGCGUUCCUUUGGUUCAAGAGCUGGAAAGUGGGAAAUGGGGUGCUAAGAUCACCCACAGGGCCAACACUUCUGUGGCCCUGAAUAUUAUGCCAGCUGCAAACUGCAUUGUGGGAAAAUUCCGCAUGUAUGUUGCAGUGCUGACUCCAAUGGGUAUUCUCAGAACAAGACGAAAUCCAGACACCGAUACUUACAUAUUGUUCAACCCCUGGUGUAAAGAGGAUGCGGUGUUUAUGGAUGAAGAAGAAGAAAGGAAAGAGUAUGUCCUGAAUGACCUUGGGGUUAUUUUCUAUGGGGCUCCUGAAAAUAUACGAUCAAGAAGCUGGAACUAUGGUCAGUUUGAAGAGGGUAUUUUGGAUGCUUGCCUCUAUUUGAUGGACAGAGCACAACUGGACCUCUCUGGCCGAGGGAAUCCUAUCAAAAUCAGCCGUGUUGGCUCUGCUAUGAUCAAUUCUAAAGAUGAUAAUGGUGUGGUUUAUGGGUCUUGGGACAACAUUUAUGAAUAUGGAGUACCACCAUCGUCCUGGACAGGAAGUGUAGACAUUCUAUUGGAGUAUUUUAGUUCUAAGGAGCCAGUGCGAUAUGGGCAGUGCUGGGUUUUUGCUGGCGUUUUCAACACUUUUUUGAGGUGUCUAGGAAUUCCUGGACGAGUCAUCACUAACUAUUCUUCAGCUCACGAUAAUGAUGCCAACUUACAAAUGGAUGUGUUUAUGGAUGAAUAUGGAAAGGUGGAUUCCAAACUCACAAGAGAUUCAAUCUGGAACUAUCAUUGCUGGAAUGAAGCUUGGAUGGCCCGACCUGACCUUCCUGUUGGUUUUGGUGGCUGGCAAGCUGUAGAUAGUACUCCUCAAGAAAACAGUGAUGGCAUGUAUCGAUGCGGUCCAGCUUCUGUUCAAGCCAUCAAGCAUGGGCAUGUCUGUUUCCAGUUUGAUGCACCUUUUGUUUUUGCAGAGGUGAACAGUGAUGUUAUAUAUUCAAAAGCAAUGAAGAAUGGGUCUAAAGUGAUUCAACACAUUGACAAAACCCAGAUUGGAAAAUUAAUUGUGACUAAGGAAAUGGGUUCAAAUAAAAUGAAGGAUAUCACUGAGCAGUACAAAUUUCAAGAAGGCACAGAAGAAGAAAGACUGGCCCUAGAGACGGCCUUAAUGUAUGGUGUUAAAAAAACUGUAACCGAGGACGUCUCAUCCAGUACGGAGGUUGACAUGAAUGUUGUGAUAGAAGAUUCAGUUCUUGGCAGUGAUUUCAAUGUCACAAUUACUUUCCAAAACAAAACAUCAAGACGCUACACUGCAACAGCUUAUAUUUCUGGCAAUGUUGUAUUUUAUACUGGAGUCUCAAAGACUGAAUUCAAGAAUGACAGUUUUGAUGUGACCCUAGAACCCAUGAAAGCUGAAACUCUUGAGGUGCUCAUCGAGUCAAGCGAGUACAUGAACCAGUUGCUGGAACAAGCUUCCCUACAUUUCUUCGUCACAGCCCGUGUCAAUGAACUACAAAAGAUCCUGGCCCGGCAGAAGACCGUUUCGCUGAAAAUCCCUCAAUUGCACCUCAAGGCUCCUGGAGAGAAAGUUGUUGGAAAGGACAUGACAGUAAUAGUGGAGUUCCCCAACCCUCUGAAGCAAAAUCUCACCAAUGUCUGGGUCCGACUUGAUGGCCCUGGUGUGUUAAAACCAGUCUCAAAAUUAUUCAGAGAGAUUCCAAGGAAUUCAACCUUGAUCUGGGAAGAUAAGUAUGUUCCAAAGCAGCAUGGCUUCCGAAAGUUGAUUUCAAGCUUGAAUUGUGAUGCCUUACGACAUGUCUAUGGCGAGCUGGACAUCAAUAUUCAGAGUGCCAAGUAAAGAUCUUCUCCUUUCUUUCUUUUUUUAAAUUCAGUAAUUCCACCUUUCAUGACAGGAAAGUAAGAGAAAGAACUGCAUUUUCAAACUUCUGCCAUAAUCCAGAAGUUGCCAAACAUAUAUUCUGCGCAUAUGCUUUCUAAUUUUUUUCCAAUUUAUUUUCAGAGGGGUUUUUUUCCACUCAAAACGAUGAAAGUUCAAGUUCAUAUAAACAUAUAUAAAUAUCCACAUAUUCAUUUGCAUCAUGCCUUUUUUCAAAGUUAAUUACAUGAGGUACAUAAUCCCCACUUUUGUCACAAACAACACUGUAAAAUCUGUUCAACUAAGGGAUUGUUGAACUAAGCCUCACACUCAUGAGAUUUUGAUUGAGAGUAAGGUAGAUGGCCCAGAAGUAAUUUAAGUCCAAGUCUCCUACUUCAUGAUACAACAUCUUUAUACCAUCGUACCAAAUUACACAUCAAGUUUACAAGUAUACUUAGACUGAUUUUCUUUGCCCAUCAACGUCUUUGCUGAGAUUUAGCACUGAACUGAGUCUUCUUUUGUCCCAAACUGACAUAAGCAUCACUAAAAGACAAUAACUGAGCACCAAUAAAAAAAAAACCAGAAUUAUUUCAACAAACAGCAGAAAAUUACUCAAUAUGAAUUAGUUCAAGUGUUAAUUAGUUCCCAACUAAUAAUAAGAAUAUACACUGUUACAUAUUAAAAUCAGGACAAUUUUAAAAUAUUUCAGCUUCUGGAGCAUCCUGAAUAUUAGUUUUAAUUAAAACUUGAUAUCCCAUAGAUACUUUGAAAGAGAGAAAAAAAUCAGGGCAAUAAAAUGUUCUCUUUGUUGUCUUUUAUUCCCAACAAACUUAGAUGUGUGCAAAGUGAGAGUUUGAUUCCGAAAACAUAGGUUGAAUUUUUACUUUCUCCCCCCGCCUUUCAUAAUAACUUGAUUCUUACCAGCAUUUUGAGGACUGUCUUGUUGAGUCCUGAUGUGUAGAAGCUACCUUGUUUUUCAUGGGGAAGAGUCAAAGAAGUCAUGAGAUUUGCUUUAGCACUUCUGUUAGCAAGUCAUAUAUCCAGAGGGCAUCUUUGAGAUUUGGCUGAGAAUAGAAGCACAGCUGCAGCUAUGUCUGAAGUGGGUGAGAUCAAAAUCAAAACAAUGGUGGAUGAGAUGCUGUGAUUCUAGCUCUGCCCCUUUUGAAUGGGCAUGCAGCCUCAGAGUGGAUUUUGAAUCUCCUCUCAACAGUCAAUGCAGCUGCUUAGAUACAUUCCUUUCAGUGGCUUACCAGCAAUUUCAGUUGCAAAUAUUAAUCUGAUUGGUCUAUCAGGGUAACCAAAAUAUUCUGAGUUAGGUGAUGUCUAAUUGUGACUCACUAUUGCCAUUAAAUAUGUACAAAUUGUGGGUUGAACUUGCUAGAAUAUCAAUCAGUAAUAUCAAUUACUGAUUUCUAGCACAGGCAUCUAGGAUGAUAUAUAAGAGGAAUAAAAAGACAUCCCAUCCUUAAAGACUAUCCUAACUGUCCUUGUAUGGCUCAGUGCCAGUGGUGGGUUGCCCCUGGUUCAGACCAGUUCUAUAGAACCGGUAGUAAAACUGGUGGGAGGCUCCGCCCACUGACUCCAACGUCAUCAGAAUGCUUCUAUGCAUGCACAGAAGCUUCUGUGGAUGCGCAGAAGAGUAUGCGUGCGUGCAUGCGUCCCCAUUGCAAAGUGGUAGUAAAGGUAGGUAGAACCCACCCCUGCUCAGUGCCUACUUCACAUCUCUGUUUUGGUAGAGAUUGCAAGGGGUUAAAUCCAACACUGGGACACCGAUCCACAAGCUGCGUUCCUUUAUAGGCAAGAUCAGCCACAAUGUAUUAUUAAGCAAAUUUUAAGAAAUCGGCUCUAGAUUUUUAAAAUCAUAGAAAUUUACUUUCUUGAAACUUGCAAGGUGGCACUAACCUAGCCAACUCUGUUCUUAAAGAGCUAAGCAGAACCAUGGUUACUAUUUGGAUGGGAAGCUAUCAGAACAACUCAAAAGAUGACAUUAAAAAAUGAAUUCUGUAUUGUUACCAACACUGUAAGAGGGCAGCCAUGUAAGUCUAUGCAGGCAGUCCUUGGUUUAUGACCAUAAUUGAGCCCAAAAUUUUCAUUGCUGAGUGAGACAUUUGUUAAGUGAACUUUGCCCCAUUUUACGACCUUUCUUGCCCAGUUGUUAAGUGAAUCACUGCAGUUGUUAAGUUAGUAAUAUGGUUGUUUAGUGAAUCUGGCUUCCCCAUUGACUUUGCUUGUCAGAAGAUUGCAAAAGGUUACAUCACAUGACCUUGGGACACUGUAAUUAUCCUAAAUAUGAGUCAGUUGCCAAGCAUAUGAUUUUUUGAUCACAUGACAAUGGGGAUGCUGCAACAGUCAUAAGUGUCAAAAACAGUAAUAAAUCACUGUUUUCAGUGCUGUUGUAACUUUGAAUGGUCACUAAACGAACUGUUGUAAGUUGAGGACUACCUGUAGAGCCCAAAAAAAUCAGGGGGAGUCUAGUGGCAGAAUAAUACAUUUUACUGAAAAGCAAUUGAGCUGUAACUCAUAAAAGCUUUUGUCUUUUAAUAACAUUUGUCUGAAAUGAUACUACCAGACACCUACUGUUGCCAAGAAAACUAUAUCGCCAGACUCAUGAAAUUAUUAGCAGUUGAACUUGGCAAGGAAGUCUUUGUUUUUUCACAAUUAUCAUCACAAUCAUUUAUUUUGACCUGGAGCCAAACCAUUGUUUCAGAAGAAAAGUUGCUUGUGGAAUAUUCUAAUUCAAGUCUCAAAUUGAGUUGACUGUAGACAAUAACAUACUGUACCUUGGAUGAAAUUUGUGGGAACAACUUAUAACUUAAGGCCCCAGCAAGGCAAUUUUAAGUGGUCAUUGAUAAUAAGCCUCUUUUGAUGUGCCAUGAGUUUAUUCCUUUGAGAAAUUAUCUAAUUAAGUGUGCAUUGUUAAUGAAGUCAGUUUGUAUGUAAAAUCUGAUUAUGCUGCUUUACACCAAAGUCGACUACUGUUAAUCUUCUUUUCACUUGUGUCUUAAAAGCUUAUAUCUAAGGAUAUUUACCCAUGUAGUAUGACUGUAUUACUAUUAUCCUUCUCAUCUUUUCUACCAACUUCUCUUAUUGAUAUUUUAGGAUUAUAUUACUUUGUUGUUUAUAUGUAUACGGAAAGCCUUUGCAAAUUCCUUGUGUGUCUGAUCACACUUGGCCAAUAAAGUAUUCUAUUCUAUUCUAUUACCACAAACUAAUGCAAUAAAAGAAUCACAUUGCCUGCA